AUGGAUCUCCCUCUUGGUUAUAACAUUCAGGGGGCGAAAUCUUCCAAUGGUACCCGAUUGGUUUGUAAACUCAACAAGUCCAUCUAUGGCCUGAAACAAGCUUCACGGCAAUGGAAUUCUAAGUUUGCUUGUGCCUUAAUUCAAUUUGGAUUUGUCCAAUCCAAAUCCGAUUACUCCUUGUUUGUUAUGGGUGCAGCUCGAUCUACUGCUGGAAUUGCGCUUUCUCAGAGACAUUAUGCAUUGCAAUUGCUUGAAGAUUCGGGGUUUCUUGCUUGUAAACCAGCCACUGUUCCAAUGGAUGCAAAGGUGCUAUUAGGUGCAGAUGAAGGGGUUCUUUUGUCUGAUGCAUCUCAAUAUCGAAGGUUGAUUGGGCGGCUACUUUAUCUCACUAUCACUCGGCCGGAUAUUACCUUUGCCGUUCACAAAUUAAGUCAAUUUUUGGUAAAACCCCGAGUGCCCCAUUUGCAGGCAGUUCAUCAUUUGCUUCGCUACAUUAAAGCAAGUCCAGGCCAAGGUCUUUUUUACUCUGCCGCCUUACCAAUUCAGUUGAAGGCUUUUUCUGAUUCUGACUGGGGCUCAUGUCCAGAUUCUCGAAAAUCUGUGACCGGCUUUUGUGUUUUUGUAGGUGAUUCUCUGGUUUCUUGGAAGUCUAAGAAGCAAACUACGGUUUCUCGCUCGUCUGCUGAAGCUGAAUACAGGGCUUUGGCGUCCACCGCUGCGAUACACAUUGCUUCCAAUCCUAUUUUUCAUGAGCGGACUAAGCAUAUUGAAGUGGAUUGCCACUUUGUUCGUGAUAUGGUUACUAAAGGAAUGGUUAAGCUCAUGCCAAUUCGGUCUCAACACCAGCUUGCAGAUCCUUUUACUAAAGCUUUGUCUUGGCCGUUACUUCAUUCUUCCUUAUGCAAGAUGGCCAUCAAGGAUAUUCAUGGUCCCUCUUGA